GUGCAGCAUAGCAACCUGUAUGACCGACCUGUAGUGUCCCCUGCAUACAAAACUUGUCCAGAAUGGCCAGUUUGUCCGAAGUCGUGACGACGGCCCGUGACUAUGUGGAUGUGCCGACGAUUCUGGUGGCCGCCUGUGCGUGCCUGCUGACCUUCCUGUACCUGCAGUGGCCCAAGAACCUCCCGCCCGGGCCCUGGGGCUGGCCGCUGCUCGGGAACAUCCCCAUGUUAGCCAAGUGUGCCUUUGUACCUGCGACCUUCACGGAGUUGUCCAAGCAAUACGGUGACGUCAUGACCGUGUGGAUAGGGCGAGAUGUAAACAUCAUCAUCAGCGGCUACAAGACCAUCCGGAACGCCCUGGUCAAAAGGGCCGACGAAUUCUCCAGCCGGAGAAUUUUUCCUGCAGUAGCGGAUCUACGUGGGCCUGGAGAUACCAGUACUUCAACUAAAGGUGUGCUUUUCGCCGCCUAUGGACCGGACUGGAAACAUCAGCGUAAGUUUGCCCUGAUGACCCUCCGGGACUUCGGCGUGGGCAAGCGGAGUUUGGAAGGUAAGAUACGAGAGGAAGCCGACGCAUUAAUCCAGGAAGUCGAGUCGAAAAAUGGACUUAAAUUUGACAUCAAACAAAUGUUGCCGAACGCUGUUUCUAAUGUCAUUUGCUCUAUUGCCUUCGGGAAUCGAUUUGAAUAUGGCGACCCUGAAUUCCUGCGACUGAUUGGCUUGAUGAACGCUGCCGUUGAAGCUCAACCUUCCAGAGAUAUUCUUCCAAACAUUCAUCCCGUGUUUCGGCGCCUUCCAUUCGGAUCACCACAUCAGGACAAACUAGUUGACUUGACUUUAGGCCUCCAAGUGUUCUGCUCUGAACAGAUAGAGAAACACAGGGAGACAUUUGACCCAAACGACAUCCGGGACUUUAUCGACGCUUUCCUCCUUGAACAACGGCAAGCCCAGGACGAGCGAGCACGGGAGAACUUCACCGACAAACAGCUGCAAGAGCUACUUUUUGACUUGUUCAUCGCCGGAACGGAAACCACCGCCACUACCACUCGCUGGGCCCUGUUGUAUAUGAUUUUAAACCCCGACAUCCAGGAAAAGGUUCGCCAGGAGAUAGACUCAGUUCUGGGCCAGGCUUUCCCGUCCUAUGAUCAGCGGAACAACAUGCCCUACACAACAGCGACCCUAGCGGAAGUCCAUCGAAUCAACACCAUCGUGCCCCUGACCGUUCCCCACGCAGCAUCCAAAGACACCACGCUCAACGGCUACAGCAUCCCAGCGGACGCCACACUCUUCUUUAACCUGUGGUCCAUCCACAUGGACCCUCAGCUGUUCCCGGAACCAGACAAGUUCAACCCCGACAGGUUCCUGGAUCAGAACGGAAACUUCGUCAAGCAUGAGGCGCUCGUGCCGUUUUCCAUAGGCCACCGAGUGUGCCUAGGCGAGCAGCUGGCAAGGAUGGAGCUUUUCCUGCUGUUCGUUUCCUUGAUGCAACGUUUCACCUUCCACCUGCCAGAGGGCGCCCCAGUGCCUUCCACGGUGGGACACUUUGGCGGUAUCGUCAAUGUGCCUCAUCCCUUCGAUAUGUGCGCCAUCCCACGCGAAUGAUCAUAAUUAUGAUCGAUAGAUUGCUACCAUCCUCAUUGCAAUGUCUCUCUAGAU